AUUUUUCAAAACAUCGUAGGCCCUUCUGAAAAAUUCCACAGCAAUUUUAAGGCUUCCUUGAAAAACAUUUAGUUUAACCCCAAAACUUCACAAGGAAACAUCUAGCUUUCGAUUUUUGUUUUACUUUUACAAAAUACUAUCACAAUGUUUGAGUCAUUUGAUUGGAAUUCGGGACUAUAUAUGAAGAAUUAUCGCGAUGUAAAGCAACGUGUUGUUAAGAAAAUUGGGGAUCUGGAGCGCAGAGGAGUAAUGUGGGGUCGUCUCGUUGGCAUCGAAGAUGGCAAGGACGAUGUUUUCUUCCGUUUCAUGAGGGAGAACGUAUAAGUCGGUUCACAAAAUUGGAUAAAUGUGUAUGUGGAAAAUAUGUGUUCAAGUUAACUUUAAAGCAAAGACAAGAAAAUACUCGUUCAAUAUAUAAAAUGCAAUGUUUGGAUAUAGUCUUUUUUGACACUCAUAUCUCAAUUAUUCGCUUAGCCUUUUAUUAUGAAGCUGGACAACGAUUCAACCGCAAAAUGGGAAAACAAAAAGGACAGCACAACCUGAUAAAAAAGGAAAACUUUGGAAAUUUUCCACAGGUUCAGCCGAGCUGACACAUAUGGCAGAACAGGGAAAACAGGAUCGUGAGAUGGGUGGCGUAAAAAAGUUACUGAAAAAUGGCUGAAAAAUGACAUUAAUUUUAAUGCAUCACAACAACCCGACUGCAAAAAGGAAAAUACAAAAAAUUGUCCCAGUUUUUCCUCUCGUUUUUUAAUUAAAAAUUGUUUGUGGCGCGAA